AUGGAAGCAUCAGCCUGCGCGACGUUCCUCGCCAUGGCGGCCAGCAGCGCGAUCCCGUGCUCCGCGGCGGCAAUCGUGUUCGCCGUCGGCGCGUUCACGACCAGGCAACCGAACUCCGUUGCCGCCUGCAAAUCCACGUUGUCGAUCCCGACGCCGGCACGCCCCACCACCUUCAGCCUCCCCUUAGCCGCCUCGAACACCUGGCGCGUCACCUUCGUCCCGCUCCGCACGAUCAGCGCGUCGCACUCCGCGACCUUCGCGCACAGUUCCUCCGGAGAUAGGCUGCACUCGACGUUUCCAAAGCUGCGCAGCAGAUCGAGCCCGGCUUCACCAAGCUUCUCGGAGACCAGGACCGUGGGCCUCGGCGAUCCGGCGGCCAGAUCCGGAUCCGGUGACCUGGAUGCCAGCUCCGAUUUCUCGGCCGUCUUGAGAACAUUGCAGAUCACGGCGGCGCGUGGAGUAAGAUUUGUGGGAACGGCGGUGAGGGACGCCUUCUGGAGGGAAAUGGAAGGGGCGGAGAAUGAGAGGUGGGCGGAUGCGGUUGAACUUCUCUUCGGUGGCCGGCAAAGUCUGUAUUCAGUUGUUACACUUCAUAUAGGCAUGAAAGUUUGA